AUAAUAUAUUAUACAUACAAUAAAUUUAAAUAUGUAUACGUUAGUAAAGUUCUAUGAUGAUAUUUAUCAUGUGUGCACAUCUAACCAAAUUACGAUUAAAAAAAAUGUUACAAAAGCUACAUAUAGUGAUAAACGAAGCUACCCAGCAAUCAUUUUAGUGAAAAAUGAUAAUAAAUAUAUAUUGCAAGAUAUUAAAAAAAAUAUUAUAACAAAUAAACCACAUAUAUUACGCAAAAGAACUGAUUUCCCAAAAUUUAGUGAUAUUAAUUCGAUAAGUCUAAUAGAUAAAAACAAAGGCAAUGAGUCUGUGAUACUAAACAAGGAGUGUAUUACCAAAAACAUUGAUAUUUCAUUAAAUAUCGGAGAAUCUCACAUGAUAAUGUCUAUGGAUGAAAACCAUAAAUAUAAUGAAGAUGUGUCAAACAGAGAUUGUAAUAAGAAGUUGACUGAUGUUACAUCAAAUACUGAUAUUAAUUCGAUAAGUCUUAUAGAUAAAAACAAAGACAAUGAGUCUGUGAUACUAAACAAGGAGUCUAUUACUAAAAAUAUUGAUGUUUCAUUAAAUAUUGGUGCAUCUGACAUGAUAAUGUCUAUGGAUGAAAGGGAUAAAAAUAAUGAAUCUGUACCAAAUAAAGAUUCUAAUGAGGAGAUGACCGAUGCUACAUCAAAUACUGAUAUUAAUUCAAUAAGUCUUAUAGAUAAAAACAAAGACAAUGAGUCUGUGAUACUAAACAAGAAGUCUAUUACUAAAAAUAUUGAUGUUUCAUUAAAUAUUGGUGCAUCUGACAUGAUAAUGUCUAUGGAUGAAAGGGAUAAAAAUAAUGAAUCUGUACCAAAUAAAGAUUCUAAUGAGGAGAUGACCGAUGCUACAUCAAAUACUGAUAUUAAUUCGAUAAGUCUUAUAAAUAAAAACAAAGGCAAUGAGUCUGUGAUACUAAACAAAGAGUCUAUUACUAAAAAUAUGAUGUUUCAUUAAAUAUUGGUGCAUCUGACAUGAUAAUGUCUAUGGAUGA